UGACACUUGAGUGGGAAUCCGAACGCACCUCAAGGUUGCAGCCCUGUCAAGCACCAUUUAAAUUCUAACCGAUACACAACACACCGCUCUGCACGCUGCUCACUGCUGCACAGCUGCACACGGUGCAUCCUGCGUCAGAUUGACGGCGUAACGACAGUUUUUACGUUUGCUCGUCGAAUUUUGGGAGGAAAGUCUAAAUAUACAUAAAUACUCAUUCUCGUAUUAUAUUUUACAUAGAAUAAAAUACUAUAGAAAUUGUUUUCUAUAUAUGUAUGCAAAAAUAAUUUAGACACAUUACAUACGAUUAUGUAUUCACCGUUGUCACCUCAAGCCAGUCUCAGUUCAGAAUUAAAACAAAUUAUAAACGAAAGAAAUAUAUUGAGCAUGCGGAGCCGUAUGAAAGUUUUACAUGCUUUGAACGAAGAUAAUGAAAGGUGUGCAGAGGAAAAGGAAAGAGUUCUAAGAUCACAAGCCAUUCGAGAAAUAUUAACUACAGAAGUUACUUAUUUACAACAAUUGGAAACCUUAGCAGAAUUUUUUAUUCAGCCUAUUCUCGAAAGAAAGUUGUUGAAUCACCCAUUACUUGUUACUCUAGCUGAAAACAUAAAGACGUUAUAUAAUGUGAGUGGUGAACUAGUAGCAGGAUUAAAACGUAAUCCUGAUAAUAUAGCUGGAGUAUUUCACAAACUUGCACCAUUCUUUAAAUUAUAUUCUGUUUAUGCUUACGAUUAUACACAAGUAUUAAAUUUACUACAGACAAGCGAAGAGAAUGAUUCUGCCUUUAAAAAAUUUAUUUGUGAUCAAGAAACAAGACCAGAAGUAGGCAGGAAAUUGUCUUCAUUGUUAAUUACACCAGUGCAAAGAGUACCGAGAUAUCAGUUACUUGUCAAAGAGGUUUUACAACAUACUCCUUAUGGACAUAGAGAGUAUAGAGAUUUACAAGCAUGUUUGGUUGAAAUUGAAAAAUCUGCGAAACACAUAAAUACUUUAAUCGCACAAAAUGAGGAAACACAAAAAUUAUUAAAUCUUCAGAAGUGCAUUGUUACUUCUAUUAAUCUUGUCAAGCCUGGUAGAAUAUUAAUCAAACAAGGAUCAUUGAUGCGUGUCUCAAGACGAGGCAAUUCAGCUUAUAGGAGAUACUUUAUUCUUUUAAAUGACACUUUACUAUAUUGUAAAGGCGAGCCAGAAACAUCAUUGAAUGUAUCUUGUGUUCUACCAUUAAACAAGUGCAGUUUAACGUGCGUUCUGAGCAAAAAACUGUUCCGUAUAACAUGCUUGCAUGAAACAUUCUUAUUGUACUCGGAAAAGGCCGAUAGCGACGAAUGGAUACAAUCUAUACAAAGUGCUAUUAGAAAAUAUACUGAAUGUAGGCAAACCUUGAGGAAAGAAAGUAGCUCGAGGAAGCCACUUAGACAUAAAAAUAUUAACGAAUUUUCGUCAGAUGAUAUACCAAAAAAAUCCGUUAAGAGAAAAAGAUAUAUAAAAGAUGCAGAACAGAUAUCGUUGGACACAUCCAACAUAAUAUACUUUAAAAAGGAUGAUGAAAUGGAUGAGAAUACUCAAAGCGAUAACACCUGUUUACCUCUUUGUACUAAAACCAAGAGAUUUAAACAGGAAGAAUAUUCCAAAGCAGGCCACACUGCUGCUCAAAUAAAAAAUACAAAACUGAAAUCAUAUAGAAGCCGAAAUAAACGAUAUAUAUCGCAAUGCUUAAAAAACUCAAAUAAUGGCGAUUAUAAUGAGAGACUUUUCCGAUGACAAUAGGGAUUACACUUGGGACACAUGGAACAGAUUUCUUCACUCAAGUGUCGAAGAGAACAUGUAUCGCCAUUCCAAAUGAUGAAUGAAUUUUUUUUAUGUGUAUUGGUGCAACAAUGAAAACAUUUUUUCUUAUUCAGAUAAUCCAUAUAUAUGUG